CACCAACCAGGGAAAUAUUUUAAAAAGACGCAUCAUCAUCGUGUGUUUGCGUUCCGGUGGUUUUAACAACACAAAAUCGCGAGCCUCCCCUUGUCAGGUUCACGUACGAGAGCUGCCACUACCUGGAGCCUUUUAGCAGUCGCAAGGACAUCGAACGAGCUACGAAAGCGGCGUCGCAGCAUCACAAGAUCACCUGUAUACUGUGCAAAUCUUGAGUUUGGCAUCUAGACCUGGCCAUAAUGUCCACAAGAAAGCCCUCCAGAGUUGUGUUCGUGGGCAAUAUCCCAUAUGGAUUGUCCGAAGAACAAAUCACCGAUAUAUUCAGCAGCGCCGGCAAGGUCGAGCGCUUCCGGCUUGUCUACGACUCCGAAACAGGACGUCCCCGAGGCUAUGGCUUCGCCGACUACCCAGAUACCGAUUCGGCGGCUUCCGCAGUUCGAAAUCUUAACGACCAUGAAAUUAUGGGCCGAAAACUAAAGGUCGACUUUUCGGACCAGAAAAGCGCUGCUGAAGAAGAAGAGGCUGCAAAGUCCGGGAAUGGCGGCUCGAAUGGUGCCGCAUACGCUCCCCAGUCAUCCUCUCUCCAGCUACCUCCCGGAAAGGAUAUUCCUCCCGGUCUGACAUGUACCGACUCUAUCUCACGAACCCUCAACACUCUUCCACCAUCACAGCUCCUCGAUAUCCUCGGCCAAAUGAAGAUCCUGGCGUCUUCAGAGCCUCAGCGCGCCACUGAGUUACUGCAGCAAGCACCACAGCUCUCUUACGCCGUUUUCCAAGCUCUUCUUCUCAUGGGCCUUGUAUCCCCCGAAGCUAUCCAAUCAGUCGUUGACCCUAGCGCCCAAGCUUCUCAGCCACCAGUAGCGACCUACGGCGGUGCACCACAAGGCUAUGGCCAAAUACCUGCUACCAACACACCACCCGUUCCCCAGCAGGGAUAUGCUCCUCCACCAGCGGCAGCUCCUCCAGCGGGCGGUCAAGACCAAGAGGCGCUCAUUCGCGCGGUUAUGGAACUGCCCCAAGCACAAAUUGAUCUCCUCCCCGAGGCCGAAAAGCAGCAGGUUAUGGCCCUGCGCGCAGCCUACGGUGGACAGAGAAGGUAA